AGGCAUGAAGAAGGCAUUCAGGCCUCAAGCAAGCAGCGCACGCUCUACUGGAGGUAGCGCCUUUGGUGGGGGUUUUGGUGCUACCGGUUUUGGUGUAUCCUCGUCGCCGCUGUCAUGGAUUGGUGAACCGCCGGAUCUCUCCAACAUCUCGGAUCCCAAUGUGGGAGUCGCCUUUAAGAACUUGACCAAGAAGGACAGCACAACAAAGGCCAAGGCCCUGGAAGAACUGCAGCAAUACGUCUCUGCUCCGGACCAGCAGAUUGAAGAGCCAGUUCUGGAAGCAUGGUUGGCACACAAUGUCCUCGGUCAAAUCACCCUCAAGAGUGGAAAGAGGAUGGUGAAACACAUGUCUAGAAUUGCUGGACCUUGGCUCGCAGGUGCACAAGAUAGCGAUCGCGCCGCUGCGAGAGCUGCUCAGGAUGCUUUGAAGCUCGUCUUCAACACUCCCGAGAAACUACAGAAUCUCGGAAAGGCUUUCCAACAACCAAUUCUAGAGCACUGCAGAGACGCCCUCUUGAACGAGACGGUCCAGACCCUGAGCGACGAACGAAGUGUUAGCCCCGCCGAUGCUCAAGCCACAUACUCACGAGUCGUUGCCACCAGCAUUGCCGUCAUCUCGAACCUUCUCAACGAUCUGCCUUCGGAAGAAGUGGCCAAGCAACAAGAAACAUACGAGGCUAUCGUUGGACAGAACAAGAUCUGGGAACUGGCUUCGUAUAAAGAAGAUGUUGUUGUCCGGAGAUCUAUUCACCGUUUCUUGCGCACAUGCUUGUCUAAGCAAAGGACGGCUGUCGAGACCAACCUGUCAACCAUCAGCGAAGCUUACAUCUCAAAGGCGCUUCCUCACGAUCAGACUGGAUCGUCCUACGACUUUAUGCUAGCUCUAGUAGAGCUUACCGACACCUUCCCUCAAGCAUGGACCACGAGCUAUACCUCCAAGAAGCCGGCCGGUACACGAUUAAGAGGUUGCAUCAAGCGCGGCUCUCAGGCUGGACCUGCCGAGUUUUGGAUCAACGCGUGGCUUCUGUUCAGCAAAUUGCCUACCGAAAUCCUACCUCAAAAGUACUCUGAGGCGGAAGAGCUGUUGAAUGCGGUGCAUGACGGUGUUGGCCAGAAGGACGACCGCUUCAACGCAUCCGCAGCAUGGUUUACCUAUUUCAAGAUUCUCGAUCUGGUUCAGAACACUGCCUCUUUGUCUGAUGAGGAACAUGAGACUCUGCUGAAUAAGAUGGCCAUCCCGGCGAUCGAGCAGUAUCUGCGCCCAGCCCCUGGCACUGCGGACUGGCUGAUUUCCGGUGCUAAGCCUGCUUGGAAUGUGUCGAAAGCUGCAUUCUGUAAGCGCUUGCCAUCUGUCUUAGAGAAAAAGUGGCCCGAGUACGCUGCGCUGCUUGUCGAGGACAUUCGAACAUCACUUCCUGAGCAGUCGAAGGAUUUCGAAAAGUCGCAAGCACACGUCGCCUCUGCUGCUGAGAGAUGGGCUUUGCUCCAGUCAGAGCUUCUCCGCGAGGAAUAUCAGCUUCCAGAGUCUCUACAAGCGGUCUUCUCUCAAUCAGCCAAAGACAUCAUCAAAGCAUCUCUCGAAUCGCUCAGAUCUAGAAAUGGCAAACCAUAUGGCGCUGCCGCCGCGGUCGACGAGUUGCAAAACCAUUGCAAAACUCUGCUUGCUAAGGACCAGGAGACACAAGACAUCAUCGCAGCUUUCGUUGUGGAAGACCUACCAGAGUUGUUGUCUUCGCCUUCGCAGAGGCAGUCUGUUUCCCUCCUGUAUCAUUUCCAGGCCGAUUCUCGUUUCGCCGAGGCAUGGAACAAAGCUGCAAACGCUCUCGGGAACAGCCCAGACUCUGAAGAAAAGUUAAAUGCUUUCCGCAAUUUGUUGGCUUCGCCCAGAGUUAAACCUGCUGCAGAGCUUGCUGCUCAGAACGGUGACAUCCAAGCCUUCCUGCAGCGCCAGUUCAAAUCCAGUCUAGAGACUGGAGAGCAAUGGAGCUUUGUUUCGGGAAUUCUCAAGGGUACACCGAGCGUAGCUUCAACAGAAACUGUUGGCAACAUGCUAGCAGAUCUCACUGCCUCGCUGUCUAUUUCGGACAAGGCUGGAUCUGCUCUGGACGGUUUGCAAGAGAUCUCAAGAAGCAAUAAGACUCUUGUUAAGGAGCACAUCAAGAAGCCAAAUGGUUCCCAGCUUCUUCCCAACCUUCUGCUUUUGGAGGAAUCCAGCGAUGAAUCAUUGGCUGCCAAAGCCUCUAGCAUCAGCAAAAGUAUCGUCACCGAGGCAGACAAGGCUGGUUCUCAGACUAUACUCUUUGACGUUGUGCAUCAGAGUCUGAGAGAUGUGUCAUCAGGCUCACUACCGAUGCCUCAAGUUCUUGACAUGGCUGACAAUCUUAUCAAGGAUAGUGACCUUGAGCAGAAGAAGCAGGAAGUUGCAAAGCAAGCUCUACCUGAUUUGCAGUCUUGGAAGACUGCAAUUGCACCAUUCAUCGGAACCGCACCUUCCAUCGCGUUUGCCAUCACUAACGUUCUGGGUGGCGCGACCUAUCUGGUGGACCCUAAGUCCGAGUCUGAUUCUCCUAGGAUUCUGAGAGAUGCCGAUGGCUUGUCACAAGCAUUGAGAUUCGCCAUGUACACAUCGAGGGUGUUCACUAACAGUACCUUGCUUCAAGCACUCGAACCUGAGACACAAACGGAGCUGUUCCAGCUCUUCUACAUCACCCACAUCCUUCUGACAGAAAGCAUUUCUUUGACGGCACAAGGAGGCCUUGCCUCGCCCAACCCAGAGACCGAGGCCGAGGUUGUUGAAUUCGUAAACGAAGCCAACAAGCUUGUUGGGGACUGCUUCCAGCAAUACGAAGACGCAUCGUCAUCUUGCGCGUUCGUUGGUACAACUCUCGACAAUUUCUUUGAGAAAUCUAAGGGCAGCAGUACAUCUGCGUACUACCAUGCUCAAGCACUGAGCCACGCACUUGGUGAUCUCGAGUCCAUUCAUGGUGGUGGCCAUGCCAAAGUUCAAGAAUACGAAGACAAGGCAUUGCAGCUUUACAAGGCCAAGGAUGUUGUACCCUUCACAGCUUGCGCCAGUGGUCUUAGAGAAGCGUUGUCCGAUAGCAAGAAACUCGACAGGCAGACUAACGAAUUGGUUGCCGAUCUCACUGGCUUGGACGCUACGCAGUCUCCUGAAAAGGCCAUCACGCAACUUGUUAUGCUAAAUGCUUUGUUCCCUGAGAGCAAGCAAGCUGACAGCAUUGUUGCUAAGCAGCGUCUCAUCUUCUUGAUGAAGCAUAUUCUACCUUGGCUCGAGAAUGAUGAGGUCGUUACUCCUAUCAAGGCUGAGACUUGCAAGACCUUGCUUCUCGUCCUUCCUGGCGUCAGUGAUAUUUACGGUGAACACUGGUCGCAGAUCCUGGCAUUCCUGACCCAUACAUGGGAGUUGGGCUUCGUUCGUAAUGAAGUUGCUGAUGAGAGUCGCAUGACUUUAGUUUACACCACUCUUCAACUUUCCUCUACUCUCCGUACCCUCAAAGCAAGCGAGGAGCCGAACGAUGAUCUUGUUGAUGCUUGGAAGGAGAGCUCUGAAGUGCUUUAUAUGGGCUUGAUGAACCUUGUUAGACAAGGACAAGGUCAAUCUGAUGAGCAUCAUGAACCUCUGAAAGCACUCUUCCAGUCGUUAGGCAGCGAGGUCGCAAAGUGGUCUACUGGCGAGGUUGAGGAUGAGGCAGAGCUAUACCCUCUUCUUUACACACCAUCAAAGGCUUUACAGAAGACUGCCUUUGACAUCCUACACCGUGUCAUCCCGGCAGCACAAGAGCAAGUGUCUUUCGAUGCAGCACUCGAGAAGAAGGCAGCCAAGUUGCCCGAGGAGCUGUUGUCCUUGCUGCUCGCUCCUCCUACCUUGGACAGCCUCGCGGACGCAUCUUUCCGUACAGGUAUUCCUCACGAGUUGCAGGCAUACCUCUACAGCUGGCAACUCGUCUUUGAUCACUUCGCCAACUCCAGUUACCAGGUCAAGUCUGACUAUGUCGAGGCUCUGCGUGAAGGCGAAUAUCUAGGUCACCUGCUGGAACUGACGUGGGAGCUCUUGGGUCAUGUCCGUGGCCGUCCUGUCGAUGUAUCAAAGUAUGACAUCCGCCGAUUUGACUACCUCGACCAACAGGGCGACCUCGAAGGUCUCAGCGCUGACAAACGUAUGCACUGGUUACUGGCUCACCUAUACUACCAAUCCCUGAUGCACGUACCAUCGCUCACAAAAACACAAUUCCUGGCCAUUAAGUCACGACAAACUGGUCUGGCCGUCGAGAGCUGGACUGCCAAAUACAUAGCCCCAAUGAUCGUCUCCGCAUCCCUAGACUCUGUAUCACAAUGGGCAGACGUAGUAAAGAACGACCCCGAAUACGAAGGCUGGAGCACCAAGGUCUCGCCCCGCAGCCGCGAGGUCCACUUCUCGUAUCUCGUCGACGAGCAAACAAUGUCCAUCGUCAUCCGCCUGCCCGAGACGUAUCCUCUGGCCUCGGCCCGGGUCGAAGGUCUCAACCGCGUUGCUGCCGACGAACGCAAGUGGCAAUCCUGGCUGCGCAACUGCCAGGGCGUGAUUCAAUUCAGCAAUGGUAAUCUGAUCGAUGGUCUCACCACUUGGAAACGCAACGUCACCGGCGCGCUCAAAGGACAAUCUGAGUGUGCUAUCUGCUACAGCAUCAUUUCUGGUGACAGGCAGUUGCCAAGUAAGCGGUGCAGCACUUGCAAGAAUCUGUUCCACAGUUCUUGCUUGUUCAAGUGGUUUAAGACGAGUAACGCGAGUACAUGUCCGCUCUGCAGAAACCCUUUCAACUAUGGU